GCUCGGCGGCGCCGGGGACUUGGGUCCCGGGGUCACGCGCGCGGCCCCCAGCGUCCCCAGCUCGCCCGCCGAGUCCCGAUCGCCAUGGGCUGGGCCCCGCCUGCGCUGCCCCUGUGUGCCUCUGUGUCCUUGCUGGGUGGCCUGACCUUUGGCUAUGAGCUGGCCGUCAUAUCGGGUGCGCUGCUGCCCCUGCAGCUUGACUUUGGGCUGAGCUGCUCGGAGCAGGAGCUCCUGGUGGGCAGCCUGCUGCUGGGCGCCCUGCUGGCCUCCCUGGUGGGGGGCCUCCCCAUUGACCGCUGCGGCAGGAGACGAGCCAUCCUGGGGAGCAACCUGGUGCUGCUGGCCGGCAGCCUGAGCCUGGGCCUGGCGCGCUCCCUGCCCUGGCUGGUGCUGGGCCGCUCGGCCGCCGGCUUUGCCGUCUCGCUGUCCUCCAUGGCCUGCUGCAUCUACGUGUCAGAGCUGGUGGGGCCGCGGCAGAGGGGAGUGCUGGUGGCCCUCUAUGAGGUGGGCAUCACCGUGGGCAUCCUGCUGUCUUAUGCCCUCAACUAUGCCCUGGCCAGUGUCCCCCGGGGCUGGAGGCACAUGUUUGGCUGGGCCCUGGCACCCGCUGUCCUGCAGAGCCUGGGCCUCCUCCUCCUCCCUGCUGGCGCAGACGAGACUGCCGUUCACAGGGACCUCCUGCUGCUCCAGGGAGGUGAGGCCACCAAGCUGGGCCCCGAGAGGCCACGCUACACCUUCCUGGACCUCUUCAGGGCCCGGGACAACAUGCGAGGCCGGACCGCCGUGGGGCUGGGGCUGGUGCUCCUGCAGCAGCUCACAGGGCAGCCCAACGUGCUCUGCUACGCCUCCACCGUCUUCCACUCGGUCGGCUUCCACGGGGGGUCCUCCGCUGUGCUGGCCUCCGUGGGGCUCGGCGCGGUGAAGGUGGCGGCCACCUUGGUGGCCGUGGGGCUGGUGGACCGUGUGGGCCGCCGGGCCCUGCUGCUUGCCGGCUGUGCCCUCAUGGCUCUGUCGGUCAGUGGCCUGGGCCUUGUCAGCUUUGCUGUGCCCGUGGACUCUGGUCCGAGCUGCCUGGCCUUGCCCAAUGCCACCCGGCAAGCUGGCCUCCCUGGCUCGGACCUGCUGCAGGACUCAGCUCCACCUACAGAGCCGAGAGCCGGCAGGGACCCACAGGAGCCCGCCUUGUCCGCCUCUAAGAAAGCCAAGACCCGUCCAGCAGGCAGAGAUGUCCCCACCCCUGCUCUGCCUGCCCUGAGCACCCCCGCGACCCCUAAUCCCCCCUCACAGCCGGCGGUGCUGCGCUGGGCCGCCCUGGUCUGCAUGAUGGCCUUUGUGAGCGCCUUCUCCUUCGGAUUUGGCCCAGUGACCUGGCUGGUCCUCAGCGAGAUCUACCCUGUGGAGGUCCGAGGGAGAGCCUUUGCCUUCUGCAACAGCUUCAACUGGGCCACCAACCUCCUCGUCAGCCUCUCCUUCCUGGAUCUCAUUGGUGCCAUUGGCCUGUCCUGGACCUUCCUGUUCUACGGACUGACGGCUGUCCUCGGCCUGGGCUUCAUCUACUUAGUUGUUCCUGAGACCAAAGGCCAGUCCUUGGCCGAGAUAGACCAACAGUUCCAGAAGAGUCGGCUCACCCUGUGCUUGGGCCACAGACAGAGCUUGGCUGGCGUCCAGUACAGCCGCCUGGAUGUCCCUGUGGCCUCCUGAGGAGUCCCCUGCCUGGACCUGCUGGGACGCUGAUGUCAGAGACCGUCUCUGCUUCCUGCCUGCGGGGCCCCGGAGCACAGGCCCCAGGUGUCCUCGAGAGUCCCCCUGCCCCAGAGGGGGCCAUGUCUGCUGGGGGGGAGAGGAAAGUCUGAGAACCCCAAACCGCUCGUUCUGAGUGUGGCACCUGGAGGGCCCUGAGGGUCUCCCUAGCCGCCGUCCCCCGACUCCGCCCACGUCUGCACCAUUUGCCACGAGGCUGUUGGGGAGUCUGGUUGCGCUCUCGGCCUUCUCAGAUGCUCUCUGGGCUGCAGAUCCUGGCGGGAAGUGCUUCCUGGAAUCGCCCCUGAGUCCCGUGGAGGGGACCCCAUCUCUGCUCUCUUCCCAUCUGCCUGGGAGCCGGGGGAGGGACGCUGGCCCUGGGCGCCAUGUCUCUGGCACUGGCCCUGGAUAUUCGUCACUCACCACGACUCUGCCUACUCUAUAGGAGGCCUGAUCUCGUCCUGGUCCUGGUUUUAGGGACACUAUCACGACCGCGGGCCUCAGUUCCCCACACGCGCAAUGGGAGGCCUGGACCUGGAUCUAAACUCUCUCCUGACCCCAGUGGCCGGGUUCUAAGAGCCCAUCAGACUCGCGGCCCGGGCUCUGCCCUCAAGUAGCCGUGGCUCGGGGGACGUGGGUUCCAGUCAGCAGACGGUAGACAGGGUUCCACAGCUGUGCACCCCGAAGUCCAAGAGCCAGCCUGGGCCAUUCCAGGGUGGUGCAGGGGGGCUCCAGAAGGACGGGGUGGGGCCCGCAGACCUGGACGUCAGUGGGUGUGGCCUCUGCCUGGGCAGCUGUUGACCCUGAGUAAGUCACAACUCCCUCAAGCCUCGGUUCCUCAUCUGUGAAACGGGGCAGCUGUGUCCUGGGGUUGUAUUUAACCCCCUCCCCCUGAGAAGGGUCUCCAGCGGGUCCCAUUCACCCAACCUGCAGAACUUCUGUGCCCCAGGCCCCCCUUGGAGACGUUGUCAAGGGCCAGGUUUCAGGGGCAGGUCAGAUGCGAUGAGCAGGUAGCAGGGGCCAGAGGUCACUUAGGGAGGGACUGACAGACAGAGCUCCCAGAUCUGGGGGCCGGGCACCAAGGAGAGCAGAGGUGCGGGUCUCCAUGCUGCGGGGGUGCAGCGCCCCCCCAGUUGUCCUUCCUUCUCUGUUUCUAGACGACUCCCUCAGAUCCAGUGCUGAGCCAGAUGGGGUUUGUUCACUUUUAACGACAUUUUGUUAAAUUGACAAAGAGUUUUCCAAACUGGUCAUUGGUAAAA